UCGGAAAGAGCAGUAGACCGUAUGACUCCCCAAAAUUUUGGGGAUAGGCCGAAUUUAGGGUUCCUCCCGAUCUGAGCAACCAAAAGUCAACAAAUUCCUUUCUUUUCAAACCUCUCUCAGAUUUAGGGCUUUGGAGUUUUUCUAAUUCUUGAUUUAGCGGUAGAAUUAGGAUUUUAGUUUAUAUGUUCUCAGUGAAGCGGCGAAGCUUUUGUUAGGGCACUGUAAAGCGAGUAAUCGGAUCUGCCAAUGCAAAUUGAAUUGAAAUCUGAAGAAGUUUCGGUGAUUUUUGGGAUACCGAAAACGUUAAAUUGAAAGCAAAUCAAUGUCUUGGGCAAGUCCAGAAGAUAUCUAUACCUCCACUUCUCUUGCAAGUUAUCUUGACAAGAAACUUCUUGUGCUGUUGCGAGAUGGGCGAAAGCUUUUAGGAAUACUUCGUUCUUUUGACCAAUUUGCUAAUGCUGUUCUUGAAAGUGCAUGUGAGCGUGCUAUUGUUGGUGAUCUAUAUUGUGAUAUCCCAUUAGGUCUUUAUAUUAUACGUGGGGAAAAUGUUGUGUUAAUUGGUGAACUGGACGUGGAUAAGGAGGAACUUCCUCCCCAUAUGACACGUGUUUCAGAAGCUGAGAUAAGAAGGGCACAGAAAGCAGAAAGGGACUCUACAGAUCUUAAAGGCUCAAUGAGGAAGAGGAUGGAAUUUCUUGAUAUGGAUUGAGGUUUCCUGUUGUUUACGAUAAUUCCAUGUCUUCUGCAAAUAUUAUCGCAGUUGCUGCGUGGUUUUCCAUUUCUCUUGGGAUAUUCUGUGUUACAUUCAAGUGUUCAUUGUAACAUCUGUUUCUUUUAUGAUGUUUGAGUAAAGGUUACUGGUAUUAGACAUGGUGAAUGGUGAAACAAGUCUUGAGUUGUUCCAUUUCCUUUUUAUGCGCUAGUCUUGGAGGAACUGUAGUUUUAUGUUAGACGCUGUAUAUGCUGUGAAAUGGGAGUUCUGGUGUAUUUGCUUUUUCCGAUGU